GAAGAACACUAAGCAUAUAUAUGCAGCAUAUAUAGGUGAUGAUAAGAAGAUGACAAAAAUGUAGCAAAAGAAAAGGGAAAUAAUAUUGCAGAUCAAACUCACGGGCUCACUUACCCUGUUGUCCCCCCUAUUAACAAUUUGGUGUUUUCUAGCUGCACACCACCUCCCUCGAUCCCUGCCGACGAAUAUUCAUGACCACCAUCAUCAUCAACCUCUGAAACAAACUCUGCAUUUUUCAUUGAGGGAUUUGGUUCCUUGGGACGACAUGAAUUCAUCUUUGUGUCUUAGAACAAAAACAUGGGUGCAAAGCUUGGUUCUUCUCAUCAUUGUUCUCGGCCAUGGAGUAGAUGCGAAAAGUAUCAAGUCUAUGAAAGUGAGUAGCAGUAGCAUUUCCAAGGUGGAAGACGCAGUUAAUUUCCAUAUAUAUUAUGGCCAGGCCUUCAAAGUCAUCAAGAAUGCCAUUGACGGCAAGAGCUACCUCCUCGUCCAGAACAACUCAAGAAUGGCAUCAAGGACAAAAUAUUGCACUUCAAGGAUCAAAUCAUUCGUCGUCCCCUUGUCAAAUUACUCAAUCGACGCUGAUAAUUUUCCAGUUUCGUUUUUUGAGCUUCUGGGGUUACUACAAAGCCUAAAGGGUAUAACAUCAGACUCCGUGGCUUCUCAAUGUGUAAUGAAAUUGUACGAAGCUGGGGAAAUAGGUGUGAUCAACAAAACUGCCACACAAGAGCUAGCACAGUUUGGAGCACAUUUCAUCACCCAAAUUGAUCAACCACAAUCUUGCAAUUUUGCCUCUUUUGUUCCAUAUGGAGAGGAUACCCCUUUGCAGAGAGCAGAAUGGAUCAAGUUCUUGGGAGUGUUUGCAAAUGCUGAAAGCAGGGCUAAUCAAGUAUACAAUGCUGUUAGAGAGAAUUAUCAAUGUUUGCUCAAACUCGCAAAAGGCAGAACAUCAUUCAAACCAACUGUAGCAUGGAUGCAGUAUGAUAAUGGUAUAUGGUCUUUCACACAGGAAACAUACAAGUUGAAGUAUGUGGAAGACGGAGGUGGUGAGAAUGUUGAUGCUUCUAUCAACAAAAUUACCUAUAACGUCUCUAAUCCGGAGGAUUUGGAUGAAUUGCAUGCCAUCCUAUGCACCACUGAUGUGGUUAUUGACGAAACAUAUACUUCAGAUCCAGCUGUUUAUAAUAUAUCAAAAUUUCUUCAAAAUAUAAGCGUGGAAGAUCAUUCUUGUUUCGUUUUUCUCUCUAACCAAAGCUUGUGGCGAUACGAUAAGAGAAUUCAAAACUCAACUGCACUCGACUGGUACAAUGGAGCAGUCUCCCAGCCACAGUUGGUCUUAGCAGAUUUUAUUGAAGUUUUAUUUCCUACUGGAAACUAUACAACAACAUAUUUCAGAAAUAUAGCCAAGGGUGAAGGAGUUGUGCAGAUUACUUCUGAAAUGUGCGAUAGGGAUGUCUCCUCAGCAAUGGAGCCAACAAUAACAGCUUGUUCAUAACUUCAAAUUAUUGCACUGAAAGUUUCAAACCUUCUAUGGCCUGACAAUAUAUGUCAUUCUUUACUAUUAGUUCUUCGAUAUGAAUUAUUACUGAGGAUGAAAAGUUUUUUUUUCAGUAGAAUGAGAUAUUCUGUUAGAAAAGUCGACAGUGGCUAUAUUUUGAUAAAGCUCACUGUGGCAUCUUGUUAAAUUCAAGUUUGCAAAUACUAAAUAUAGAUCUGACUUCCUCUAGUAAGUUCA